AUGUUCACCCAAACACCACGACACAUGUUCACGGUGGUGUCGAAGAGACCGUACGUAUGUCGGGCAUGUCUACAACGGACUCAGCGGGUCCAAUUGGCCCAUCUGCCUCUUCCCUCGCGAACUCUGACACGCACUCUGCACAAUGAAAGCCAGCCUGCCCGUGAUGAGACAUCAUUCCGCAAGGCGCUCAAAGAAGCUACGAAACAACAAAGGAAGCAGAAGAAAAACUCAAAGUUGUCCAAGAAUUCCCAAGACCCCAGGCUGGAGAAGUGGGAGCUGACCGUCGGUAUCGAAAUCCAUGCGGAGCUCAACACUGCACGCAAACUCUUCUCGCGCGCUGCCACGUCCAUCAGCGAAGCACCCAAUACCCAUGUAUCCCUGUUUGAUGUCGCAUUUCCUGGAAGCCAGCCAAUCUUUCAAAAGGAAACUCUUAUUCCUGCACUACGCGCGGCCAUAGCCUUUGGCUGUGAGAUCCAACCAAAGAGCAGCUUCGACCGCAAGCACUACUUCUACCAAGACCAGCCAGCUGGCUAUCAAAUCACCCAAUACUACGAGCCCUUUGCGACCAAUGGCAAGCUUUCCCUCUAUCCCCAUGACUUCCCCGCUGGUGCUGCGCCUCAAUCGGAUCCCAUCGAGAUUGGCAUCAAGCAGAUACAGAUGGAGCAAGAUACCGCCAAGACCGUACAGCAACCGCCGUCGACCCACCUACUCGAUUUCAACCGCGUGUCUCACCCCCUCAUCGAGAUUAUCACUCUUCCUCAAAUCCACGACCCUCUUGUCGCGGCUGUUGCCGUACGCAAGAUACAAGCCAUACUCAAGUCGGUCAAUGCUUGUACCACUGGCAUGGAACUUGGUGGGCUGCGCGCCGAUGUCAAUGUGUCUGUCCGAGAGCGCGGCAAGAUGUCAUCGAACGAUGUGGCUUCUUAUGCCGGUGUCACUGGUCUUGGCCAGCGGACUGAAAUCAAGAACUUGGCCAGCGUCAAGGCAGUGGAGGACGCCAUCGUUGCCGAGCGGGAUCGCCAAAUUGAUCUCCUCGAAGUCGGAGGUGUUGUCGAAGGCGAAACGCGCGGAUGGACACUUGGAAGCAAGACGACCAAGCGACUAAGAGGCAAGGAAGGCGAGAUAGACUACCGCUACAUGCCUGACCCGGAUAUCCCGCCAGUCAUUAUCGGACAAGAUCUGGUGGCGCAUCUCCAAGAGACAUUGCCCCGAUUGCCCGACUCGGCGCUCACACUUCAUGUGCAAGACUUUGGACUGACGACCAAGGAUGCUGCGACACUCUUGGCUCUUGACGAUGGCGAUCGCCUUGAGUACUUCCGCCACGUUGUUGACGAUCUGCAAGUCAAGAGCGCGGGCGAUCUCGCGGAGCUUGGCAGAAUUGCGGGUAACUGGGUCCUCAUGGAACUUGGAGGUCUCUUUCAAGACGAGCCUUGGGACGCGGCGCGGGUGCCUCACGGCAGCCUGGCGGAUAUCAUUGCACGCGUGCGCAACAAGAGCAUCACGUCGCGCUCUGGUAAACGCAUUCUCGCCAUGGUGUUUGAAGGGGAUGCGCGCUCUGUGCAGGAAAUUGUCGACGAGGAGAAUUUGGCGUUGACGCCGCUGAGCGAGGAAGAGUAUAUGGCUCUUGCGCGCGCUGUGCUGGAUGGCAAGCCGGACAUGGUUCGCGAUAUCCAGGAGAAGGGCCAGACGAAGAAGAUUUCAUAUUUUGUGGGACAGAUGAUGGCGAGGAGUGCGGAGGGGAGCGUGGAGCCUGAUCGUGCGGAGAAGACGUUAAGGGUGGUUUUGGGGCUGGGGUCGGGAGAGUAG